AAGCCUUCUCUCGUUGCCUUUUCGUCAGCGCCUCCCGUUUCCCGAAGGGACUCGUUCUCGCCGCCCGUUGGUGUCCCUUCGCCCCUCUCCCGCCGCCUCUCCACCACGCGCGCCGACAGCUCCGUCGCUCUAUGUUUUGACCUUGUGGAGCCUGGUGGCCCCUGGAAAGCUGCACGAAUGUAUAGCAUGAUGAUGGAGACGGACUUGCACUCUCCCGGCGGAGCCCAGGUCGCCACCAACCUGUCGGGCCAAACCGGAGCCGGAGGAGGAGGCGGAGGCGGCGGAGGUGGCGGCGGAGGAGGUGGCGGCGGCGGGGGCCCGAAGGCCAACCAAGACCGGGUCAAGAGGCCCAUGAACGCCUUCAUGGUUUGGUCGCGAGGCCAGCGGCGGAAGAUGGCCCAGGAGAACCCCAAGAUGCACAACUCGGAGAUCUCCAAGCGCCUGGGCGCCGAGUGGAAAGUCAUGUCCGAGGCCGAGAAGCGCCCCUUCAUCGACGAGGCCAAGCGGCUGCGGGCGCUGCACAUGAAGGAGCACCCGGAUUAUAAAUACCGGCCCAGGAGGAAGACCAAGACGUUGCUCAAGAAGGACAAGUACUCGCUGGCCGGCGGGCUGCUGGGCGCCGGCGGCCCCGGGGGCGGCCCUCCCGUGGCCAUGGGCGUCGGAGUCAGCCCCGGCGGCGUGGGCCAGCGCCUAGAGAGCCCGGGCGGUGGCGGCCCGGGCGGCGGCGGCGGGGGCAGCGGCGGCGGGGGCUACCCGCACAUGAACGGCUGGGCCAACGGCGCCUACCCGGGCUCGGUGGCGGCGGCGGCCGCGGCGGCGGCGAUGAUGCAGGAGGCGCAGCUCGCCUACAGCCAGCACCCGGGCAGCGGGGCGCACCCGCACGCCCACGCGCACCACCCGCACCCGCACAACCCGCAGCCCAUGCACCGCUACGACAUGGGCGCCCUCCAGUACAGCCCCAUCUCCAACUCGCAGGGCUACAUGAGCGCGUCGCCGUCGGCCUACGGAGGCAUCUCCUACGGCGCGCAGCCCCACCAGAACUCGGCGGCCGCGGCCGCGGCGGCUGCAGCGGCGGCGGCGGCCGCGUCGUCGGGGGCGCUGGGCGCGCUGGGCUCGCUGGUCAAAUCCGAGCCGAGCGUCAGCCCGCCCGUCACUUCGGCUCACUCGCGGGCUCCUUGCCCCGGGGACCUGCGCGAGAUGAUCAGUAUGUACUUGCCCGGCAGCGAAGGAGGGGACCCGGCGGCGGCGGCGGCGGCGGCGGCGGCUGCAGCCGCUGCCCAGAGCCGCCUGCACUCCUUGCCCCAGCACUAUCAGGGCGCCAGCACGGGGGUCAACGGCACCGUGCCCUUGACGCACAUCUGA